ACUUUACUUUAAGAGCUUCAAUAGACCUCAAUCGUAAGCUUCAACACCACGAUUAUUGUAGUGCUCACACGCUCAACGAAUCAACUUACAUCCUCUGUCAGAAUCGGGAAACUUGUCAGCAAAAUGGCCGAAAGAAAAACUUACGUUCUCAUCACUGGAUGCUCGCCUGGAGGUAUCGGCCAUUCUCUUGUUAAUGAGUUUCAUCGUCAGGGCUGCCAUGUCAUUGCGACGGUGCGAAACACAGACAUGAUCAAGGACCUUGAAAAGCCCGGCGUCAGCGUCUUGCCUCUUGAGAUCACCUCUGCCAAGAGCAUAGAAGAGUGCAAAGAGAAGGUCUCCGAACUCACAGGCGGCCGCCUUGACAUUCUCGUGAACAAUGCUGGCCGAACUCACACCAUCCCCUCCAUUGACACAGAUCUUGACGAUGUUCGCCAAACAUACGAGGUCAACGUCUUCGGCCCCAUCCAGAUGGUCUCAACCUUUGCGCCUCUCCUAAUUGAAGCCCGCGGUCUCAUCAUCAACAUCUCCAGCACAUCCACCCUCGUCCCUUACAUCUUCGGCGCCAUCUACUCCUCCACCAAGGGCGCCAUCAACGUCUGGUCACGCGCGCUCCGUCUUGAACUCAAGCCUUUCAACGUGCGCGUCAUGGUCGCCGUCACCGGAACAGUGCGAUCCAACAUCGCCAGCCGGACGCAUCGAUCUCUGCCGCCCAACUCUCUGUACAUGCCCAUCAAUGACUUUUUCCAGCGACGAUUGACGUUCAGUCAGCGCACGGCGACGAUGCCGACGGAGAGGUAUGCGGAGAAGUUGGUGACUGCUGCGUUGAAGGGUGAGGGAUAUCUGGGCGGGUUGAUUGGGGGUACGCCUGACUGGUUUUACGCAGGGGGCAUGGCGACCAAGACUUGGAUUCUGUCGUGUUUGCCUAAUUGGGUGAAUGAGACGGUUAUUGGCAUAUUCUUUGGCAUUGGAGGUUUGACCAAGAAGAUCCAAGCGGCGCGCGCAAAGAGGGACUAGAGAGAAGGUUGAGCUUAGGAUAAUGGGGGAUGAGAGUGAUCACGGCAGAGUAUAAGGCGCUGCGGAUUGAGUUCGAUUGCUUAUUUAGUACAUCGCCGUUGAGGAAGUCCGGAAAUAUAAGUAACUAAGCUCACAGACAGCGACAAAGUGUGCAAGAGAACUGAUUGCUGUAUACUGUUUCUGUAUGCUGCUUGUGUCUAUAUCUCUAAUGAGUGAUCUUCUUAACUGCUGCGAUGGACGUCACCGGCGUCGCCUCGCGCUCUCCAUGUAUUCUAACGACCGACCGUUUAAGCCCACUUUCCAAGCAAGCUCAUGAGAACCAUGCCACAAACCAAACCAAACAGAGCCAGGAUCGUAGUCAGGGAGCCAGCAUCGGUGAGUUCACCUCCCAGCAUCCAAUCCUGAGCCCACAUCUCAACCAGACCAACCCAGACGAGGAUACCAGCGGAGAAAGCAUCCAGAGUACCAAUGGCGAUCAAGGUAGCAGGAUCGUUUCCGUUGAAGACGUUCAGAACACCAAUACCAAUGGCCAUGCCGAUAGGGGUGACCACGGCGAAGCCAGAAGCAAGGACGAGCUUCUUCCACAGAGGGACAGCAGAUGUUCCGGUUCGUUCAAUGGUUGGGGAUGGUGUAGAGUGCGAGUGGGAGUGACCCAGAGCAAGGGGCAUUUGGCCGUAACCCAGAGAGGCGAUUCGUGUACCGAGGGCGAUACCUUCGAAGAGUUGGUGGAAGAUGAUGACGAUGGACAGCGUGAUGAAGAAGGAGU